AUGAGAAUUUAAGCUACAUCCUUUAGAUUGCCAUCAUUAAAACUAUAAACAAAAGACUCUUACUAGUGUUUCAGUAACCAGGAUAAUAAUCUUUCAAAUUCAUCAAUGAUUAAACACUAAAGUAGUCUCCUAUGGAAUUAUGAUCCAACUCCAAUUAAGAAGAGAGUUAGAGGAAUGAACAUAAUCAUUUACAAUAGUCAUGAAAAGCUAAAGACAGCAGAUUAUUACAAUCGAACAGAAAUCAUAACUUAGAUCUAAGAAACAAAUUAAAGUACUUCAGUUGUCAAUACAUUUCGACGAUAUAGAAAUAAACUUAAGCAAUUGAUGUAGCCUUCCAAAAAUGAAGGAAUAAAUUCAAGAAAUCCUCUUUUAUAUAUUUUUAAAGAUCCUCGACCUCCUAUUAGAUUGGAUCGAUUGAAUACGAUCAUAAAUGUCACCAACUUUAAGAAAAAUAAGGUGAGAUUACUCAUUUCUUCUUAAUAGCUCUAUCAAGAGCCAAUUAAUUAGGAUAUAUUUCAUGUAACUCUUGUAAAACUAAAAGAUGAAUAUGACUGUUUAUACCAAGACUUCAAUGACUACUAUGUCUAAAUAAAUAAAUUGGAUAAACAUGUAAUAAAACUGCUGAAUCAUUUGGAAAUCAUCUAGACACUAUUGAAACCAAAAUAGCCAAAUAAAGUUAUAAAAUAACAACAAUAAUAACCUUAUAUACGACAACUAGAUGAAUAAUCUCUUAUUGGAGAAGUGCAUGAAGUUAUUGAAGAUACACAUUAACAAUCUUAAAUUGUUCAACAUCAAGAAUUUUCCUUUUUGGAACAAAAUGAAUAGAAUAUUAAUUAACCGAGAGAGCCUAGUAUAUUUAUUCCUCUCACUCCUAAACAAUAUAAUGUUGCUCAAUCUCUAAGUGAUUUGGAGGACGAUUAUCAAAAUAAACCAAAUAAGCCAAAAAAAUAAAAAAAUUUAAACAACAAUCCUUCAAAACCUUAGGAUAUUAUUAAUGUUGAUUUAUAGACGAUAGAAACAAUAAUUUAGAAAACUAACCUUAGGUUACUUUAUAAAUUAACUCCUUAAAAUAAUUAAACUUAAUCCAUUUAAUAAAAUGAUAUUUAUGACUAAUCAAAUAUAUUAAAAGAAGAUAAUAAUCCUUAAAUUGAAAAGCCUACUUUUAAGAGAAUAACAAGCUGUUUAGGAUCAACUAGUAAAAGAAGAAAUGCAAUGUUGGAGAGUAAGGAUGGUUAUAACAAUUAAAAUAAGGUGGGGACAAUUUUAGAAUAGGAUAAUAAUAAUUAAGAGGAUGAUGAAGAACAAGAAGUGUUAUAAAUGGAUUGUUUGACUGACUUAAAUGAUGAACAAUAAUAUGAAACUAAGAUGAAAAAUUGCAUAAAUAUUUAUAAAUAUCCAUUUUAGUAAGAUUGGGAAUUUCACAUUCAUGAAAUUAUUAAAAGUACCAUUAUUUGUGAAUAUGAUUUAUGA